AUGGAUGCUAAUGAUGACCCUGAGGAAGAUCAUCUCACAAGUUAUGAUGUUCAGCUCAGUAUUCAAGAAUCUAUUGAAGCCAGCAAGACUGUAUUUUAUCCUGAAAGAUUUGUACCACUAAGCGAUCAGAACAGAAAGCUUGUGGAGGCCAUACAGCAAGGUCACAUUCUUGAACUCCAGGAGUAUGUGAAAUAUAAACAUGCUUUGGAUGAAGCUGAUGAAAAAGGAUGGUUUCCAUUGCAUGAAGCUGUUGUUCAACCCGUUCAGCAGAUACUUGAAGUUGUCUUGGAUGCAUCUUAUAAGACGCUCUGGGAGUUCAAGACCUCUGAUGGAGAAACACCUUUGACUUUGGCAGUCAAAGCUGGUCUGGUGGCAAAUGUAAAAACUUUACUAGAGAAAGGAGUGUGGCCAAACACCAAAAAUGACAAAGGAGAGACACCCCUUCUGCUUGCUGUAAAAAGAGGCUCCUAUGACAUGGUGUCUGCACUGCUUAAACACAACACCAGUCUUGACCAGCCCUGUGUGAAGCGAUGGUCAGCAAUGCAUGAAGCAGCCAAACAAGGCCGCAAAGACAUCAUAGCUCUGCUACUAAACAAUGGAGGCAAUGUCCACCUGAAAGACGGAUUUGGAGUGACCCCAUUAGGUGUCGCGGCCGAGUAUGGUCACUGUGAUGUGUUGGAACAUCUGAUCCACAAAGGAGGUGACGUACUUGCUUUGGCAGAUGAUGGUGCAUCAGUGUUGUUUGAGGCAGCAGGAGGGGGCAAUCCUGACUGCAUCUCCCUCCUGCUGGAAUACGGAGGAAGUGGAAACAUACCUAACAGGGCAGGGCAUCUCCCGAUACACCGAGCUGCCUACGAGGGACAUUACCUUGCACUGAAAUAUCUUAUUCCAGUAACAUCCAAACAUGCAAUCCAGAAAAGUGGGCUAACACCAAUUCACUCAGCAGUAGACGGACAAAAUGCACAGUGCCUAGAACUGCUUAUUGAAAACGGCUUUGAUGUCAAUAGCCUGCUUUCUGACCACAUUUCUGAGAGCUAUGAUGACGAACGGAAGACUGCGCUCUAUUUUGCUGUUUGCAAUAAUGAUAUCCUUUGCACAGAAAUCCUCCUGGCUGCAGGUGCAGACCCAAACCUAGAUCCCCUCAACUGUCUACUGGUGGCAGUGAGGGCCAAUAAUCAUGAAAUUGUCCGGCUGCUUCUUGCCCACGGAGCUAAUGUCAAUUGUUACUUCAUGCACGUGAAUGACACUCGUUUCCCCAGUGCCAUACAGUAUGCCCUAAAUGACGAGGUAAUGCUCAGGCUGUUGCUGAAUAAUGGCUAUCAGGUGGAGAUGUGCUUUGAAUGCAUGCACGGGGACAUCUUUGGAAACUCGUUUGUGUGGUCGGAGAUAGAGGAAGAGGUACUGCCGGGAUGGACAUCUUGUGUCAUAAAAGAUAACCCGUUCUGUGAGUUUAUUACAGUCCCCUGGAUGAAGCACUUGGUAGGCAGCGUUAUUCGUGUAUUAAUAGAUUACAUGGAUUAUAUCCCUCUGUGUGCUAAACUGAAAUCUGCACUAGAAGUACAGAGAGAAUGGCCAGAAAUCCGUCAAAUACUAGAGAAUCCCUGCUCAUUAAAACAUUUAUGUCGGUUAAAAAUUCGAAGACUGAUGGGGCUGCAGCGGCUCUGCCAGCCAACCUUGAUGGAGAAGCUCUCUCUACCACCAACUAUUCAAAGAUACAUAUUAUUUAAAGAGUAUGACCUUUAUGGACAAGAGCUAAAAUUGCCAUAA